AUGAAUAUGGGAAACAAUAUGGGUGCUCACCCGCCGCCACAAGUUCCUGACGAUAAGAAUGUUAUGGAAAGAUUAUCACGACUUAUUUCCAAUUUUAAUGACGAAAUCAAGUUAAAAGCGCUAUUUCGAUUAUUUGAGUCGCUAAAUGAUAUAGAUGAAAAGAGAUUUGAUAGAACUGAAUCAGAACGUAAAUUUAUAGAACAACUUCAAAAUUUUCGACGUAUGUUUCCUAGUCAGAAUCCACUAUUCAAAAACAUUGGUUAUGUGGCUCAAAGAAUUAACAAGGGUGGUGGAUUCUUUCAACAAGUUAAUCAACCUUCACUUCCACAAUUAUUCAAAGCAGUACCAGAGAUACCACCACAAAUUAAGAUUGUAGCUUUACAUCCUACUGAUGAACUUGUUACUCCAAUAGAUUUAGUAAAUUCAGAAAAUUGCGUAGUAAUAGGAAAAUUUUUCGCACUAACGCCAUCUCAAAAUCAGCAACAGAUGCAACAGCAGAUGCAACAACAAAUGCAAAAUCAAAUCAACCCGAUGAAUCCUAUGAAUCCUAUGAAUCCAAUGACUCAUCAUCAACAAGGACCUCCAAAUAACAAUGCAGAAAUAGUAAUGAAAGAAGGAAAUGUAUGGGUAAACGGAAUGCAAAUAGAACCAACUGAGAUUAACAACGAAAAAAUUUACAUUUUAUCAAAAAAGCCAAGUACAGAAUCUUUCAGUCUUCGAGUUUCAAUAGACCAUCCACCACAGCAACCACUUUCCAUCUUUAAUUGGUUUACUUUACAAUACGUAAAACCUGAUCCAAAAUACCACGCAAAAAUCAAGCAUCCCAACUGUAUUGUAGACAUUGAGAGCAUAUUUAGUAAGCAUACAACAGAAUGCCCUCAAUGCCACCGUCCAUUUCAAUUUAAAGACGUAGAAUUCGAAGAAGGUCCAUUACGAGCAAAUAAUCCACAAAAUUCAAUGAAUUACAAGUACACACAGAUGCAGCAAGUAUCAUGGCAACAACCAUACCAACCACAGCAACAGUAUCAACAGCAAUAUCAGCAAAAACCACAACAAUUACAACAGAUGCAACAAAUGCAACAAUUUCAACAGCUUCAACAGCAAAAUCAUAUGCAGCCACAACAGCAAUCCAUUCCUCCACCACCUCCUGCUAAUCUUAUGGGCCAAAUGCCAAUGGCACAGCCACAAAUGCAAAUGCAACAAAAUUUGAAUUUCCAAAAUCAACAAAUGGCACAACAAAUGCCUUACGCGAACCAACAAAUGCCUUAUGGUAUGAGAGGACCUGUUAAUUUCCAAAAUUCUAAUCAAAAUACCCCAAUUUCAACUCCAUCACCUUAUCCGAUGACUCCGAUAUCGCAAUACCCUCAAUUACCUCAACCACCAACUAUCCAACAGCCACCUCCGCCUCCGCAACCUAUUAAAAAGGAAGAAAAACCUGAAGUUGAUGUAAAUAUUUGGAAAGAUCUUCUGAUUACGGUAAAAGGAGCUGAUCUACCACCAUUAGUACUUGAUAAUGACUACGAACCUUAUUGGAAUAGGCAAUAUCAAGAAAAUAUAGAUGAUACUUUAGAUAUGACCGAUAUUUUAAUAUAG